AUGUCGUUCUGUUCCUUCUACGGUCGGGAGGUUUUUAAAGACCACUUCAAACCAGGAAUUUACGCAUGCGCCAAGUGCAAUCACCCGCUGUUCUCCAGCCGCUCCAAGUACGAACACUCGUCUCCCUGGCCGACCUUUACGGAGACCGUCCGUGAAGACAGCGUCGCCAAACGUGUCCUGCGGCCAGUGCGGAAAUGGUCUCGGCCACGAAUUUGUCAACGACGGACCGGCUAA